CGAACAGAGGGAAAGAGCACUGACACCCCCCCUCCAGCUGGGCCCAGUGUUCCCAGGGAGGUGCAGAAUCUGGGGAGGUCGGUGGCAAGAAGACUUGCUCCCUCCCAGGGGACAGUCUGGGACUACUGACUCAUGAGUGUGUGGCAGGAAUCUUCCAGGAAGUCCUCAUCCUGCUCUCCCUCUCAGCUUGAGCCGGGACAGCAGCUGCCUCUGUUACCCCAGGCUAAGGGGACAGGCUUCACAGGGAUCCCCCUGGGCAGGUGCUCAUCCGUCUCUGGGACUGCCUGCCUGGGACACUGUCACCCCUACCGCCCAGCAGAGUCGGGGUCCGGAUGAAGGAAGGGCCAGGCUGGGCCAGGCAGUGCGGGCGGAGGCCAGGGAGGCAGGCACGCGGGAACUGGGCUUUUUAAACGCUUAAAGCCAAGGCAAUCGUAGCAUCGCGGGAUGGGGAAAAUGAAAGACUUUGGAAGUCGCCAGGAAUUUGACUCUGUGAGUUGGUUUCCAAGAGGCUAAGUUAAGCAUCUCCAAGUGGAUAUUAAAAAGGAGCAGCAAGACUCUGGCGGCGGCGGGAGCUGGAGGAGGUGGGGAGAGGGGGCUGCCGGAAGCCGCUGGACCUCUGGAGCCUCCUCACAGAGACAAGCCACGGCCAGUGCUGACUCCUCGGCCACCUCUGGCCCUCUCCCCUGCCUCUUCUUUUUGAAUUUCUCUACUUUGCUCCCUUUUUCCUCCCAUUUCGAAGAGACAAUGCUACUUCAGUUUGGAGCACAAACAUAUGAUCAGCACAUGGAAAUGUGGUAAUUUGGAUGCAUUCGUGAUUGCAACAGAUUGAAGAAAUUAGACCAGACAAAGAGUGUUUUUGGAGGAGGAGGAGGAGGAGGCAGAAAGGGGGGGGCGACGGGGGUGAGAAAGGGGACGCCGGGACGCCUGCCUGCUGCUAAAUAUAUCCGUAGGAAUGGAGAGGGACCGGAUCUCAGCCUUGAAAAGAUCUUUUGAGGUCGAGGAGGUUGAGACACCCAACUCCUCCCCACUCCGGAGGGUCCAGACUCCGCUGCUCCGGGCCUCUGUGGCCAGCUCCACCCAGAAAUUCCAGGACCUGGGCGUGAAGAACCCGGAGGCCGUGCCCCGCCAUGUAGACUCCCUAAGCCAGCGCUCGCCCAAGGCUUCCCUGCGGAGGGUGGAGCUCCCUGGGCCCAAGGUGCCCGAGCCUGUGUCACGGCGCACGGAGCUGUCCAUCGACAUCUCGUCCAAGCAGGUGGAGAGCCCCGGGGGGGCCACCGCUGGCCCAUCUCGGUUUGGCCUCAAGAGGGCCGAGGUGCUGGGCCACAAGACACCUGAGCCAGCCCCUCGGAGGACGGAGAUCACCUUCGUGAAGCCCCAGGAGUCAGCUCACCGGAGAGCGGAGCCCCCCACCUCCAAGAUCCCCGAGGUGCCUACUGCCCCCACCACCGACGCAGCCCCCAAGAGGGUGGAGAUCCAGGUGCCCAAGCCAGCUGAGGUGCCCGCUGCCCCCAUCCCAACCCAGACCCUGGAGAAUUCAGAGCCCACCUCCUUGUCUCAGCUGCAGAGCCGGCUGGAGCCCAAGGCCCAGCCCCUGGUGGCUGAGGCCGUACCCCGGAGCCUGGAAGCCACUGAAGCAGCUUCCAGCUGCAUUGGCGACAUGGCCGACACCCCCAGAGACGCCGGGCUCAAGCAGAUGCCUGCACCACGGAACGAGAAGGCCCCUGUGGACUUCGGCUACGUGGGGAUCGACUCCAUCCUGGAGCAGAUGCGCAGGAAGGCCAUGAAGCAGGGCUUCGAGUUCAACAUCAUGGUGGUCGGGCAGAGUGGCUUGGGGAAGUCCACCCUAAUCAACACCCUCUUCAAAUCCAAAAUCAGCCGGAAGUCAGUGCAGCCCCCCUCAGAGGAGCGCAUCCCUAAGACCAUUGAAAUCAAGUCCAUCACUCACGACAUUGAGGAGAAGGGCGUCCGGAUGAAGCUGACGGUGAUCGACACGCCAGGGUUUGGCGACCACAUCAACAAUGAGAACUGCUGGCAGCCCAUCAUGAAGUUCAUCAACGAACAGUACGAGAAGUACCUGCAGGAGGAGGUCAACAUUAACCGGAAGAAGCGUAUUCCCGACACGCGUGUCCACUGCUGCCUCUACUUUAUCCCCGCCACCGGCCACUCUCUUAGGCCCCUGGACAUUGAGUUCAUGAAGCGCCUGAGCAAGGUAGUCAACAUCGUCCCAGUCAUUGCCAAGGCCGACACACUGACCCUGGAGGAGAGGGUCUACUUCAAGCAGCGGAUCACAGCAGACCUGCUAUCCAAUGGCAUCGACGUGUACCCCCAGAAAGAGUUUGACGAGGAUUCAGAGGACAGGCUGGUGAAUGAGAAGUUCCGGGAGAUGAUCCCAUUCGCUGUGGUAGGCAGUGAUCACGAGUACCAGGUCAACGGCAAGAGGAUCCUGGGGAGGAAGACCAAGUGGGGCACCAUCGAAGUGGAGAACACCAUGCACUGUGAGUUUGCCUACCUGCGCGACCUCCUCAUCAGGACGCACAUGCAGAACAUCAAGGACAUCACCAGCAGUAUCCACUUCGAGGCGUACCGCGUGAAGCGCCUCAACGAGGGCAACAGCUCCAUGUCCAACGGUGUGGAGGACAAGGAGCCGGAAGCCCAGGAGAUGUAGACGCCACCCCACCCCCAGGACCCUGCCCCCGAGUCCUUCCUGUCCCCCCAGUCUGCCCACCUGCCCCAUUUUAUUUUAUAUAAUUUUCUCCAGUCAUCAUUGUCCUCUGCCCCUUUGACACGCUGCCGUGUAACACGAUAAGGUGUGACCUCCGGAGUGUGUCUGUCGUUAGCCAGAGGAGGGGCGCAAGGACCCGCGGAAUCUCCUCGGCCCUUUGUCCCCACACCCAGGUCCCCAAGGGCCAGGAGAGCACUCCACCUGUGCCCACCCUCCCUACCGGUGGAGUUCUCGGAGCCGGGGUGCAGACCAGGCCCUGUGUGAGCAGAGGGGCCCGCAGGCUGUACGUGCCCCUCCGUCCCUCUCAGCCAUGGACACCGGAAUGUGUCGGGGGCUGUGCCCAGAGGAGGAUGGAGCCAGCUAGGUGGACCUGGACACCCCCUAUGUCCUCCAGCUCCAUGGGCGAUCACACAGACCAUGUAACCCAGAGAGCACCCGCCCCUGCCCUGCUCCCCAGGGGAGGCCAGAGAAUUCCACAAACCUCAGUUGCUGAUGGCUUAGACGCGCGAGGCCCUUGGCAGCUGCCCGCCGGUAAGCCCAUCCUGGAGCAGAAAGUGCCUUUAUCUCAGCCGUCCACAUGAGCCACUUGAGCCAGACACAGCCAGGUUGGAAUGAGGGAGGCAUUUCCACCUCCCGGCCGUCCCACCCUCCCGUCACUACCUCCCACGGGGCUGCAGGGGCUGCCGUGUGCUGGGCUGGGAUAGAGGACAAGGGAAGGAAGGGCAAUGCUCCCACCCCUGAUUUUUGGGAAGGUCCAAGCAAGUGAAUCUGGUUGGGGAGCAGAGGGAGGAAGCAGUGGAAGAUGCUGGAAAGAAAGUUGGGGGUGGGGCAUGUGGGCUGUUUGGAGGGACCUGAGUAGCCCCAGGGCCCACCCCGCCCUGCCCCGUGUGCCCAGGGAAGAGAGUGUGUGAGUGUGCACGCAUGUGUGUGUGUCCCUCUGUCCAGUCUUUGGUUUGGCCCCAGACUGGGCUAUGGUUCCCUGACACUCAGUCCUUCUCCCUCCUGGCUCAGGCCUUGCUGGCCCUGUGACCCAGGUUGGUGGGAGGCCGAGUGAGCCUAGGCCCCUGCACCCAAAGCCCAAGAUGAGGGGUCGGUGUGCACAGUCCUUAGCCGGGCUGCAGAGAGGGGUUUCAUGUAGCACGGCCCAGCCCCCUCACUUUGUCCCCUCAAGGAGACCAGCAGGGGCCAUCCAUGCUGUGCACAGCUGGCCAGAGUCCCUUCCUGCUCCUGUUCCUGUCUUGCUCCAGAGGGGAGAGAAGGGCCUGCGGAGAUUGCACACGUGAAGCCGGGGCCGGGUGCAGAUGUGGGGUGCGUGUGCGUAUGUGGGUGUCAGCGUGUUGAGUAUUUCACCCCUCCCCCCACCUAUGAGAGGAAGGGCCCCUCACCAAACCCUUCUGCGGGAUGGUUUACUUGCCAACUUGCCAUGUUUUUGCCAAAACCAAAACUUUGAAGGAAAUGUCCAUCUCCAGUGCCAGGGCCCAGGCCACAGGGUGGCAGGUGGCAGCAUCCCAGCCCCGGGCUGGCUUCGCUUUCCUUCUCUGUAACCAGAUUUGGGAAACCCAUUAGCUUCAUCAGGCUCUGUUCCACAAUGGCCUUUUGCUUGGUGCCUCCUGAGAAAAUUGUCUCUUUUUGUAUAAAUAACUAAGUGUUGAAAAUGUAUUUCCUGAAAUAAAUGUUUCAGAUGCAAACCUG